UAGAAACCAGCCCGGGACGAAAAACAACAAAGAGACCUGAAAAGAGGGAUUAAGAGAAACUUGGAAAAAUAUUUGUGGGAGCGAUUUAUUGGGUUUAUUUAAAGAGGUUUAAUAGAAAAAAUUCGCCAAGUUAUUGAUGAGAUAUCACCCAGAUUUUGGAAGCUUUUGAAAAUUGAAGGAAUCUCAAUUGAAAUUUCAAAAGGAAAUAUUAAGGAAUAAAAAGCUUGGAAGUCGAUAUUUGAAAGUCUCUGAUAAACUUUCGAAGAAGAUAUUUGGGUUGUUUAUAUGCCAAUCUCUUGUUAUUGAAAUUAGAAGAAGGAAGAAGACUACUAUUUUGACGGGAUUUUUCUCUGCUGUUAGCUUUUAGGUGGUUUUUCGAUGAAAUACCAAAGGUUCUGGAGAAGAUUUUGUGAAAAUUGGAAUACACAUGGAGAGGAAUAGGGAGAGUAGGAAGGGUACGUCAUCUGUUAAAAGCUUUUUGUCCUCUCGACGAAGACCCCGCAGCAUUCGAAUCCGAGAUUUCUCUGGAGUAUGUGAAGCUGAGAAUGGUGGAGGGAACAAUUCCGUGAAAGAUCGAUCUAUUGGGAAGGAGGAGCGGCCAAGUGGGAGUCGGUCGAGUUCAAACAAUAGGUCCCAUAUCGAUAGAAACGAAGAGAAUGGAAGCUCCGAUGAGAGCUUCAAAGAUGAUAACGAUGGAGACAAACAUGUGAGAGGCAGUGGCACUGGCGGUAGCUCUUCAAGAAGAAUAGACAGGGAGAAGCCGCAAUUGCUAGGGCCGGAUGAGGUGAUUGGUGUUUUUGUUCCUCAAAGAGCUCGCUCUGCUUCGGUGAGGAGGUUUCAGGAUUGGAGUGCUCGGCAAUUCUCUUACUCACCUCUUCGAACGGUCGGGGCUAUCCCUUCUCCUCCUUUAUCGAAGACGACCAAAACCACAGGAAAAGUGGAGAAGCCCAGGACGAAAGCAAAACCUUCGAAGACAUCAAAGGUUAUAAUUUCUGAAAGUGAAGUUGAAGUUGCACAAUUCCUGUAUGGGCUGACCAUGCUACCAUCCCAUCAAUCUCCUGCGAAGUCACAUGGCUUUCAGAGUCCUUCACAACUUUAUUACAAGCACAACUUGGCAAAUGAAGGCUCUGGUUUAGUUCUGUCUAAAACUCCAUCUCCAGGGUCAACUGCAGUUUCUCCUCCAUCUUCACAACCGGCAAUCUUGCUGCAAAAUUCAAGCUCUAUAUCUACUACUGUGACAGUUCCAAAGAGGAAGAGGCCAAGAACUGUAGAAUUGGAAGAUGGUGACAACUCCACGACGACGGUGUGCUCUUCAAAGCCAUCUGUAUGCAGCAGCAUUAGACAUAAUUCAAACAGUUCAGUUCUUGCUUCUUCACCCAAAACUGAAGCAAACAAGAUUUCCCCAGUUGCAAAAGCAGAGGUUUUAUCCCCGAAGUCAAAUAAAAAUAUCAUAUCAAAUGAAGGGACUGCUUCCAAACCAGAAAAUUUCUUGCCAAUUUCUUCACAUUCACCAACUUCUCUUCCAAAAGACCUUUCGUUGGUGGAGGAGAAACCAAUUACUAAAAGUUCUUUAAAUACAAAGACUUCAAUAUCAUUGGAAACGAACAUUCAAACCACUCAUACUCCAAGAGUGGAGGAGGCUGGAACUUUAGAAGUCGGCUUGCAAGUAUCUACUGAUGUUGUGGAGAAAGAAUCAAGCCCAACAGGCGAAGAUACAGCAGCUUCAUUGAUAUCAGAUUUUAAACCAGAGACUCCUAAUAUUAUGUCACCAGGUUCUGCAGCUGUUGAGGGUACCAAGGUGGUGAAAUUUGAAAUUCAUCUGAUGGCUCUCCCAAAAGAUGAUGAUGAUGAUGAUGAUGCAGAAGGUACAGAUGCUCAGGUAUCAUACAACAAUACCCAGAACCCAGUCAUUGGAGAAGCCACUAGUAAGACUGAAGUGAUCACCAUUACUGAAGGACAAAUGGAGGCAGAUGAAGCAAGACGAAGGCACAAUCACAACAUUCAGGAUUUGAGGCAGAAUAUGCAGAUGAAGGAGACUGUGAAGGUGGAAACCUUGAACAAUAAUUUGCAUAAUGUGAAGAAAAGUGAAUCACCUAAUGUUGAUGAUCGAAAGAACUUGGAUAAGAGUAACAACAAGCAGCCCUUUCAGAAACUAUCAAGAAAUUCAACAAGAUCAACUGAUAGAACUGGCCCACCUGUUGGAAUCAUGGCAUCCACAUCGAAUCCUAUUCCAGUUACAGUUCCUGGAUGGCAUGGUGGUCUUCCUCCAUUUGGGUAUCUGGGUUCAAGUCCAUCUAAUCUUUCAGGACUGGAAGCUGUCCAAGACACCAUGCCCAAGGAAGGGAACUGUGCAAUAACAAAUUCAACCUUUAUGAUGCUACCGCAGGCACGGCCCAGUCACUGUGCCACCCAUUGUUUCAUUGCUCGGCUCAUACACUAUCAGCAACAAAUGGCUAGACUCAACAAUUUCUGGCAUGCUGCUGGCUCUGCAGCUCUGCAUGGAGGCAAACCAUAUAACUUGAAUAUGAUGCCACCUUCAGAAUCAAUACUUUUCAGUGCUGGUUCCGUAGUAAGAAAUCCAAACAUGGUCCCGCAUUGUAAUUUUGGACCUGGUUCAGUAAUCACAUUAAAUGGACACAAUUCAGUGGAUAAACUUCCCAACUCUUUGGCAGAUAACCAAAGAAAGUCACCUCAGCUUCACCAAUCAGCACAUCAGUUUGGUUUUCAGGAUUUUAUUAUGUUCGACAUAUUAAGAAGAUUUAAUCGUAGAUGUUACGGAGUUCUAUGAUGAUCAUUUUAUGACUUCUAGUUUUCUUUUAUCCCUGCUCUUUUUCUGAGGGCCUUGUUUAGGAGAAAUUUUAUAGGUUGGACUUGAGCUCAACCAUAAGUGGUCAUUUCCUUUUCUUUAUCACUGAAUAUUUGAAUAUAAAUAAAACGUACAAGAUAUGAGGGGAAAUCAUCUAUUCCAUUUUUUCAUGGACAGAAACUUUGUAAUCCCUAGUCCAGAUGGCUACAGCAGUGGACCACCUCUUGAAUGGGUCUUAGAUUACAUGAAGGAUUCCUGAGCUAAAACCUGUUUGGUUUAGAAAGAUUAGGUCCACAAUUGGGCAAAUUUCCAAUACAGAAUUGAACAAUCUUGUGAGUUAUGCACCUCUGCUUUGUUCAGCAAGUCGAGCAGUGCAGCUGUUGUAUAGUGUGUGCUUGUGCUUAUGCAUGUGUUACAGGGUAUGACGGGUAUCGGCUUGUAAUUAUUCAUGUGGUACAGACUGUUAGUUCUUAUUUAUCCAUUUUAUUUUUCAAGGCAGACUAUUAGAUUCUCAUGUUAUUACUCUUUGUUAUUUCACUCUAUGUGCCUGCUUUCAUUUUUCGUUUCACCCAGAAUAGGUCAAGCGGAAGUAAAUCUUGCAAUGGAUUGGAAAAUGCUAGUUUGGUAUCUGCUACUGCUGGUUCUGCACCUGGUCCUUCAGCAUCUUUGAAUUCCAAUUUUAGUAACAUAGCAGCAAACCAAGAUCUGCAAUACCUGGCAAUGUUUCACAGCAGUUAUCCUUUCCCUAUUUCGCCUGCAUACAGAGCACAAAUGACACAGCCAACUGCAGCCGGGUGCUCCUUUCUUUGGUGGCUCUGUUUAUGCUCCUCAUCUCUUGCAGCUUCAGCCGUGCAUGCUUCUGCAUCCCCAUAACCAGAAGCACUCUACUUCAUCUGUAUCUUCGUUGAAUCCCCCUCCGGAAUCUUGCUGCACUGAGGCUGAACCCGUCCAGGACCAAGAGGGUGGUUCCAAGGUCCAGGUUCUGCCUUCUCAGAAGAAGCUUCCGGCCAAAAUGUUUCAGGGAUACCAAAUUUCCAUCAGAAUUUUGCGAUAAGACCUCCAUCUUUCAGUGGAAAACAGCCACAGAUGCAACCUGGUGAUCAUAAUCUUCUUAUGAGCUUGAAAGAUGUGGAGGCCGCUGCUGGAUCUUUCCCUUCUGGACAUCCUAUGUUGCAGACUACGCCAACCCUUGGGCUGCACCAAUAUCAGAUUGGUGAUGGGAAAAUUUCUAUUCAAGCUGAAAAUCAGUCAAAAGCUCCUGCAAAAUCUUCUGCUUCUGCCACUUCCAGUGAUAAGUUUCCAGAGCCUGGUCAUGCCCAGUCAUUACCAGUAUCUGCUAAGCAGCAGCUUCACAAACAGAUCAUGGCUCGAACCCAACCGUUGGAAUCUUCUGCAUUGGCAGCUGGGGGAUCAUCUGGGGUCGAUCAUACUGGUCCUAUCCCAGCAGGCUACUCAAAUGCUUCCACCAACUUUCAAGCUGGUUCAAUGGGUUUUCCUCAGUGGAAAAUGCCACCUUCUGAGAGGGCUGCUCCUGGAAGCUUAUCAGGAAAUUUUAUUCGGUCAGGCAUCGUAGUAGCAGCUGCAGCAAAAACACAAAACACUGGAAGCUCAGUUGUGAAGGCACCAAGGGUGGCCUCUCCACCUAUGAAUUCUACCCAUAUUAGUCCCUCGUCUGGGCCAUCUGUCAUGCCUCUAUCAGGUCAAGCACAGAGCCUACCCAAGACCCAACACCUUUACUUCUCCAAUAUGUCUGCACACUAAAGUUCUGGCAGUAGCAGUACCCUGUCAUCUCAGAGGCAUUCUGCGGAGAUUAGUUCAGAAAGACAUGCGAUGUUUCCAGAUGCUCUCAAUUUGAAAAGACCUGCCAAUCAACAGGCACAGACAUCUCUGACAAUUUCUGGUGCCUACCUAGGUAGUGGGAAGAACCAUGUAGUGUUUGGUCAUCCACUGGCUGGAAGUUCAGUUGCACUAAUGGCUGCAGCAUCUUAUCCCAGUCAGAGGUGAACUUGCCCAUGAAAUCACCUGAACAGAAACCGGUAGCAGCAUGAGAAUUUCGGACAGAAGGUAGUCGGUAGAAGAGGGGAAAAACGAAAGAAAGAGAACUGGAAAGGACAUUUCUUGCAGAAAGAGUACGGUGUGCAUGUUUCUUUUCCUAUUCUUGAUAAGGGAUGCUGAUGGAACUCGUUGGUUUGAUUGCAAGACGGUGAUUUUGCUCAACCGAUAAUGAGGUCGGUCCCAACGGAAGCUACUGAGACUAACGUAUGGUGGUUUUGUCAUGGGCGCUUCACUUUUUCUUACCUUAGAAAUUACACAUACGUGAGAGAUCUCUGGUUCCCUUUCACCUGCAACCAUUUUUGUAAGAUAUUAUAGUUGGAAGGUCAUUUUAUUUAAGUGUAUAUUUUUCUCUCAUUUUCAUCCCCUAUAAAUCAUCUGUACAUUGAUAUCCAAGAAUUUGUGUGCCCGCAGCAGGAUAUGGAACAGUUUUUUCCACCUAAAUAGUGUUUCAUGUUUCUUUA